GGUGAUCCCUGCAUUGAUGAAUGAUAAUGACAAAAACCGGGGUUUCGAACGGCUAGUGUCAAUUAUCAGUAGUCGAAUUUUUUACCGCUCACUCAGUGCAGUACUACAAGUACUAUGGUUCUUUGCCCGAAUAGGAACUUUUAUGUUCUGUAUUGCCAUGCUCGCUGCACUCCGUUCUUCUAUCGACGAAAAUGUCGAAAAUGCACCCAUCGUCGAAAAUGCACCCAUCGUCGAAAAUGCAGAUAACCGAGUACUAUAUUUCGCACUUAAUCCAUAUGGUCUCGCAUCUGUCUGUUAUAUCGAUAACGAAAAUACCGUGUGGCGUCUUGUUCUUGGUUUUGGAGCCAUUCAAGUCUUAAUAGCUUUCUUCUUUCGUCAUGUGACAGAUGUCAGGCAAACCCCCGAACAGGCUAACCGUAGUAUAUAUCGAAUCGUAAAUGAGCAGGAAAUCUGCUAUCGUCAAACAGAGCAAGAAAAUAUAAGAGAAACAGGCUUGACUGAGUUUUACUGUCAUCAGUAUAUCCUUUUAUGGAAAUGGAUUAGGAUAUAA